AUCUUCUUGAAACUAAACAUGUUAUAUGUUCAUGUCUCUCAAAAAGGUGAUAUUAAAAACUCUACAACAUGUUCUGGUGCCCUAUAGAUUGAUCUAAGCUAAAAUUUGUUUAUCAAGUUUGGUGAGCAGUAUGUCUGUUAUAAGAUGUGGGGUACAAGUACAAUCCACUCUGGUCCAGGAUAUCAGACUUUUCCUAGAUUCUGAUAACUGGAUGGAUUCUUCUGAUAGUCACAGAGUUAGUAUCACUUUUAAAUUCCUCCAUAGUAAAUCAGAGACAUUUAAAAUUAUUAAGUAUCCAUAUAAUGGUAUUUCUUUUUCAAUAAAAUAUUUAUUAAUAUUUAAUCUUUAAUAAAAAUAAUAAUUUGCUGUUAAAUUGUGCAUACAUUAUGGUGAGGGGAAAUGAUGACUAGCUGCUCUUGGUGGUGGUUUUUAUGUGUGUAUGUGAGGUGUUGGCACAUACAGUGAUAGCUGAGGGUGAUAAAAGUUUAUCUAUGAUAUUAGUGCACUAAAAAGGAUGGAAAUAGAUGUAACACACAUUUUAGUUAACAUUUUAAGCACAAAAAGAAAAGGCAGAAUUGAUUUAUAAAAUGUAUGUUGUAGCUAAAAUAUGCUAUAAUAAUAAUAACAACAGGUAACAUGUAGUGAACCUGUUGAUUUACAGAUUGGAUUUUAAACACAUUAGGUAGACCCAAAUAAGAACUCAAUUUGAAUGAAGCAAAAAUAACUUUGUUUUUAAUAAAAUAUUGAAUGUCUUCUCCCACCCUGAAACAAGAUUAUUUUACUAAUUAUCUUUCAAAUUCUAAUUGAGGAAAAAUAAUUCAAAUAACUUGGGACAACCCAUCUUCUUCUCUAUAAACACCUCUUAGAGUCUAUUUUCUCAGUGAUUCAUCUAGAGAUUCCUUGCCACAGUGAUGUUUUGUCAUGGGAAAUCUAUUCCUGGGAAUAGGACUAACCAAUACAAUUCCUUAUGGAGCAUCAGUUGACUCCUUGGCAUUCAUGCUUCUACUAGCCCACUCAAAGAAAUCAAAUCAGAUUCUUCAUUAUUUCCACAAACCUCAUUUGAUCUUAGAUAAGGUCAAUUCCUUGAUACAUUGAAUGCUCUGAUCUCCUCCUUUGGCUACAAAUAAAUAUUUUAUGAGUCAUGGAGCUAUUAAACAAUAAUCACAGAGGCUCUUCUCUCUUAGCAUGAUGUAGUAAAAUCAGAGGCAGGACUGGUUAUGCUGGUGCCUUCAAAGAGACCAAUACCAGCCAGCCAGUCAGUCAUCCAUAUAGAUGAGGGAUGGAGGAAAGAUAGCACGUAGAGUGUGGGCAGACUCAGAGUAAAAGUGAGUGAGGUUUAAGCACUGCUUGAAUACUAACUAGUUAAUAUUAGAGAUGAGAGUCAUAGGCUUAGGAUGAGAAGAUGCUGGCCAGUGCUGGGGGUGAGGAAUAGCCAUCCAUGUUUCUUCAAUAAUUCUGAGUUCCAACAAGAGAAGAUUAUUUAUCCUCAGGUAAUGAAAUCAAUUUUUUUGACAAAAAUCUCUAUUUUUGAUAAAAUCCAUACUCCAAUAAUAAGAAAAUAAAACCACAGUUCUUAUAUUUUCUUUUUAUGUCCAAUAAAUUUUGUCCCUUAUCACAUAGCUUCUAUAGAGGAUCUAUUGAUGAAAAUGCUAAAGAUGGUCUAUGAAAUAUAGAGACUUCAUAACUUCUACUUGAUUAGUUAGUUUACAAAGUUGCAGAGGCAAUUGUAUAAGGAAAAAGAUUAUAUUUGCCUAAGAGCAAAUAACUGCAGUUUCUCAUGAUGAAUAAUGCCCUAUUCUAAAAAAAUUUGCAAAGACCUCUUAGAAAAUUUUCAACAGCAUUCAAAUGCCAGCGAGCUUUCCCUAAAGAGAUCUCCUUGGCUCAGUAUAUUACUAGUAUUAUUUGGAGUGUAUCUAUGACUUUUAAGAAAAUUCCUCUUAUGGUAUAUUGUGUGAUUGUCCUGAAUAGUUACUAAGUUGUAGGAAGUUACUGUUUACAUUAUGGAUACUCUUAAGAAUUAUGAUAUUAAACCACAUUUUAUUAUUAGGUCCAAAUUUAAUGUUCACAAUUUUUCUGUGGUCCCUAGGAAACAUUUGAGCACACUUCUUCAGUGUUCCAGUUUUGUCAUUUCAUUAAUAUUCAUGAAUUGAUGUAUUUAAGGGCCUCUUUAUUCAUAUUUCUGUUUAAACUUUAUUUCUUGGCUGUGAAGAGGUUUUAGUGCAAAUAAACAGAUCAUUAAAUAAGCUUAUUUCUGUCCUACAUUUACCUAGGGUUACUACAUUUUACCUUACAUAAAUAAUUAGAAUUUACUGCUAAAAGUGAUAUGUUCCUUCCAUAAUUUUUAUUUGUACAGUUACUGAGAAAGCAAUUGUUAUAUUUUUCAUCAUCACAUAAAUGGAAAUAACCUGGGUAUACUGGAAACAAAUUUGAAGUCAUUUAGUUAAUGACUUGUCUUGUGUAAAUUACCUUUCAUCUCCAAGUUAGGCAUUUAUUCAAUUAUCAUUUACUCAGUUGUUACACUAAGAUGAAUGAGACAUUUAUACUUGCUAAAGUUAUUUUUCUGUAAAAAUAUAAACAUCCAGAAAGAAUAUAAAAUGAUUUUGUACUCCUUUUUAGUAGCCUUUUAUUGAAGAACAAUUCCAAACUUACAGAAUAGUUAUAAAAAUACUGAAAAUAAUCAUUUACCUUUAUCUGUAAUGUACCUUAGCACAAACUUUUUAAUAAAAAGCUUUGCUUUCUCUAUUAACUUUCUAUCAUCUAUCAUGUGUCCAUCUGUCCACUCAACAACUAUCAAGCAUUUGUCUUUUAUCAUCAUUUAUUAUCUAUCAUCUAUCUAUCAUCUGUCAUGCAUCACCUUGAUCAUUAUCACAUUAUCCAUGAUUGCUUGUUUCUUAUGUUUUCAUUGUUAAAACUCAAUUGCAUGUUCUGGGAAGGAAUGUUGUCAUUUCAGUGACAUGAUGUCCUGUUCAAAAUAUCUCGAUUCCAGCCAUAUAGUAUUGAUUUCUCAAAAUGCUGGUGACAUUCUCUUGAAUCAUAUGACUAUGGAGAAAUCAAACAGAUCUCUGUAUCAUAAAAUUUCCUAAUUUUCAAUUUGUAAUUAAUAACUAAUUUAUAAAAGAUUGAUACAGACUAUGUAAUUGUAUUGUCCAUUGAAAACUUACUAGCUAGUUUUGCAUACUUUCAUGUCAGUAAUGUCAUUUAAUUUAUUAAUAGUUUGGCUUCUAAGCCGGGCGGUGGUGGCGCACGCCUUUAAUCCCAGCACUCGGGAGGCAGAGGCAGGCGGAUCUCUGUGAGUUCGAGGCCAGCCUGGUCUCCAAAGCGAGUUCCAGGAAAGGCGCAAAACUACACAGAGAAACCCUGUCUCGAAAAACCAAAAAAAAAAAAAAAUAGUUUGGCUUCUAGUAUUUGGGAAUGUACUUUUCAUAUAUAUUUACACUGUGUAUAUGAAUAUAAUAUAUUUACUCAUUAAUAGUUUAAUUGCUAAUUAAUAAUACUAAUAUUAUAUAUUUCAUGUACUUGAAAAGUCAAUGCAUAUAUGAAUAGAUGAGACAUAGUCAUGAGAAUAUGAAUACACACAUAUAUGUAUAUAUAUGAACAUAUAUAUGUUUGAUAAUAAUUUGUUUUAUCAAUCAUUUACUGUAACUGUUACUCUUCAUGCUCAAAUUUUCCUAGAACUGAAGAUAAAACAAAACACUUCUUCAGUGUUCCAGUUUUGUCAUUUCAUUAAUAUUCAUGAAUUGAUGUAUUUAAGGGCCUCUUUAUUCAUAUUUCUGUUUAAACUUUAUUUCUUGGCUGUGAAGAGGUUUUAGUGCAAAUAAACAGAUCAUUAAAUAAGCUUAUUUCUGUCCUACAUUUACCUAGGGUUACUACAUUUUACCUUAUAUAAAUAAUUAGAAUUUACUGCUAAAAGUGAUAUGUUCCUUCCAUAAUUUUUAUUUGUACAGUUACUGAGAAAGCAAUUGUUAUAUUUUUCAUCAUCACAUAAAUGGAAAUAACCUGGGUAUACUGGAAACAAAUUUGAAGUCAUUUAGUUAACGACUUGUCUUGUGUAAAUUACCUUUACACAAGAAAAUGAGCAAUGGUGGACAAUUUCAAUGCAAGUUGGGAAGGGUACUUCAUUCUUCUGGGUUUUUCUAAAUGGCCUCAUCUGGAAGUUGCUCUCUUUGUGAUGAUCUUGAUAUUCUACUUGAUGACACUCACAGGCAAUCUCUUCAUCAUCAUCCUGUCAUACUUAGAUUCCCACCUGCAUACCCCUAUGUACUUCUUCCUUUCAAAUCUCUCUGCUCUGGAUCUCUGCUACACCACUAGCUCUGUCCCUCAGCUGCUGUUCAACCUCUGGGGUCCAGAGAAGAUGAUAUCUUAUGCUGGGUGUAUGCUACAACUCUAUUUUGUCCUCGCACUGGGUACCACAGAGUGUGUUCUGUUGGUGGUGAUGUCCUAUGACCGCUAUGUAGCUGUGUGCAAACCCUUACAUUACUCUGUCCUCAUGAAUCCUCGUUUCUGCUACCUGCUGGCUGCAGCAUCCUGGGUAAGUGGCUUUACCACCUCAGCACUUCAUUCUUCCUUUACCUUCUGGGUACCCCUGUGUGGACAUCGCCAAGUGGACCACUUCUUCUGUGAAGUCCCAGCACUGUUGCAGUUAUCCUGUGUUGAUAUCCGUGCAAAUGAGCUGACCCUCAUGGUCAUGAGUGCCAUUUUUGUUGUUAUACCACUUAUUCUCAUUUUGAGCUCCUAUGGUGCCAUCGCAUGCACUGUUCUAAGAAUGCAGUCAACCACUCGACUUCAGAAAGUUUUUGGGACCUGUGGAGCCCAUCUUACUGUUGUGUCUCUCUUUUUCAUUCCAAUCAUGUGCAUUUACCUUCAGCCUCCAACAGAAAAUUCUCAAGAUCAAGCCAAGUUCAUUGCCCUCUUCUAUACUGUUGUCACCCCUAGCCUGAAUCCUCUCAUCUAUACCCUAAGAAACAAAGAUGUCAGAGGGGCAGUAAGGAGGCUGACUGGAUAUGAGAGGGAGCAAUGAGAGAAGCCCUCCACUGUGUAGUCUUUGAUAAGAAUGUCUGAUCCUUCAUAAAGGACACUUUGUGGUCUUUUACAACUCUUCUGGUCACCAAAUCAUAAAACAUAAAAAUGUAGAUAUUAAAUUAUUUGAGUAAGAACACAUUUUUUUCAAAAUAUGAAAUUAUGUCAGGAACUUAGCCAGUGAAUCUUAUACCUUUCCACUUUGAACAAUACAGUAAAAAAUCUGUUCCAAACAGUUCAUUUGUUCAUUUGUCUAUUUCACUCAGGAACAUAUUCCCUACUGUCUUUAUUAAUAUGUGUUUACUGUCUUGAAAUUUUGGGAUUCUUAGUAAUUUAGAUGGAUGUGACAUAGCUCUCCUAUGGAUGAAAUUGCAAGCUAAGAUAAAAGAGGAAAUCCCUGUAUAAUAUUUGGUUUGUCAUGGGGCACACACUAAGAAAUUAGGGUCGCUUCUAAAAUACUUCCAGGAAAUGUGACAACAAAUCUUGAAUAUAAAUGUCCAUUGCUAAUUUGAAUGCAAAAUGAUGUUAGUAAUUAAAAUAAGCAAAAGAAAUAAAUCACAUAAUUUGCUUUAAUGAGCUUAGUGACAUAGUAAAAUUAUGAUAUGUGCAUGGGCCCAUUGAAUUCAUCUGGUAUUAUUUCCUCAGGUAGCUUGUUAGAGAUUCAUUUCCAAGACUCUAGACUUUUUUGAUUUGGUCAACUGUUCAU